GGGAAGUAAAAUGUGACAGAUUACAUUAACGGGGGUAUUAUUUGAGAAAUUUAAAACUAAGGGGAGUGAAUGUGAUAGAUAAUAGACUCCGACUCGGGUCGGGUUAAAGUUUAACAUUUAGAAGAGGAUUACGGAGGCGGAGUCGAAGCUCGAGGACCAUGGCGUCGACGUCGUUGGUACUAACGAUAGCACCUCCUCUGUUCAGUUCCGCCUUGAAGAAGAAGACGAUGACUACAGAGCCCUCAGUAAAAUUCAGAAGAAGAUGCUCGGGGAAAGAAGAAGUGCUUCUAGAAGGAAUGCCACCGGAGUAUUAUGAUGAUGAAUGGCAAGCUCGGCAGAGGGAGAAGACGAAAGAAUUGCGGCGGAUGCAGCGGGAGGAAGAAGAAGAGGAAGAGAGAAAGAUUGAAGAGUACCGUGAAAUCGGUUUGAGGUUGAAGGAAUUUCCUGAGGAAGACUUGAGGAAAGCUAGAAAGCUCGUCUCCAGCUUCAUCACUGCUGCUGAGGAAGUCGAAGAGAGAAUUGAAGAAGCUGCUGAGAAAGGAGAACUGGACGAGCUUGUUCUCAUGAUCAUAUGGAACCGCCUUGACCUCGCUCGCCGUGAUGACGAGAAGGACGCUAUAAGAAGUCUUGAUCUCUUGUAUAGAAGAGUCGAGACAGAGAUCUUAAAACGGCAAGCAAGUCCUGCGAUGAAGCUGCUGAAUGAUCUUCUAAACAUGCAUGAUGGCUUUGGAGACGAUGCUUGGCUGAAAGACUGCAGAAAACGAAUGGCUGAGACAUUCCCACGGGAAGACCCCUUCAGCAUUCUAAUGCCACCCGGUUUCGACAUUGAUAUGCAUCAAGGACCGUUACGGUCGCUCGUUGAGACAGACAACACCCUUCUGAGAGUAGACUUUGUAAGAGAAGUUGAUGCAUUGCUGCAUGAAGUGAGAUUAAUAGAGGAAGACGAGGAGGAAGCUGGUAAGAAAGGAGACCCUGAAGCGAUAGCACGUAAGUUGAAGCAGCAAGAGAAGAAGCGAACCAUCCGUCAAGUUGAAGCCCUUCUUGAUUUGGCCCUCAACUUGAAGUGGUAGGUUAGGUACCAAGAGUUGUUUGUAAAGAAAAUACGAUACUAAUAGGAUUGCGGGAGCAUCAUGCUUUUUCUUAAGGAAUAUUGGUCAGAUCAAAAUUUUACCCGCAUUAUUCUGCAUGAUGAGGGCUUGGAAGAAUUUUCUGUGGACA